AUGGACUGGCCACAAGUCACAACAUAUAAAGUUCUGGCCUCGGCACAAACACAUAGGGAGGAGAUGAUACAGAAUCUCUUCUGGACUGGUACAGAUGCAGAGAAGGGCACUCCAGUAAAUGGUAGAAUGAUAAGGGAUGGAAUAAGUGAAGGACAAUUCAGCGAGUUGUCCCUCCAUGGAAAAUGUGCUUCCUAA